GGCGGCGGCGGCGGUGGUGGCGGCGGCAGCAGAAGCGGGAGAAGCAUCAUGGAGAGCGGACGGCAAGUGGUGAACUUCGGGGCCGGGCCGGCCAAACUGCCGCGCUCCGUAUUACUAGAAGCACAGAAAGAACUGGUGGACUACAAAGGACUUGGUAUAAGUGUUCUCGAAAUGAGCCAUCGAACCUCAGACUUCACAAAAAUUUUAAAUACAGCUGAAAAUCUCGUGCGUGAAUUGCUAAAUGUACCAGAAAACUACAAAGUCCUUUUCCUCCAAGGAGGUGGAUCUGCUCAGUUCAGUGCAGUCCCACUUAACCUUAUUGGUUUAAAGGAGGGAAGACAUGCAGAUUAUGUAAUUACUGGAGCUUGGUCAGCAAAAGCAGCUAAAGAAGCAGAGAAGUAUGCCAAAGUGAAUAUCGUUCAUCCAAAACUAGGAGCGUAUACAAACAUUCCUGACCCAAGCACUUGGAAUCUUAAUCCAGAUGCAUCUUAUGUUUAUUACUGUGCUAAUGAGACUGUUCAUGGUGUGGAGUUUGACUUUGUACCUGAUGUCAAAGGAGCAGUCUUGGUUUGUGAUAUGUCAUCAAACUUCCUGUCCAGACCUGUGGAUGUUUCCAAGUUUGGAGUGAUUUUCGCUGGUGCUCAGAAGAACGUUGGCUGCGCUGGGGUUACUGUUGUAAUAGUACGUGAGGACUUGUUGGGAUUUGCACUGAAAGAAUGCCCUAUAGUGCUGGAUUACAAAACGCAGGCAGUGAACGGCUCUUUGUAUAACACUCCACCGUGCUACAGUAUUUAUAUCAUGGGACUGGUACUGGAAUGGAUAAAGAAUAACGGUGGAGCUGCAGCCAUGGAUAAACUUAGUUUAAUCAAAUCACAAAUGAUUUAUGAUAUUAUAGACAAAUCUAACGGAUUCUAUGUAUGUCCAGUGGAGAAAAAGAACCGAAGCAGAAUGAAUGUCCCUUUCCGUAUUGGCAGUACCAAGGGUGAUGAAGCACUGGAAAAGAAAUUUCUUGAGAAAGCUGUGGAGCUCAACAUGAUAUCUCUGAAAGGGCAUCGAUCUGUGGGAGGAAUCCGUGCCUCUUUAUACAAUGCAGUGAAUGUAGAAGAUGUUCAGAAGCUUGCAGCAUUCAUGAGAAGCUUCCUGCAGAUGCAUCAGUCAUAAAUGCUGAUGGGUUAGAACCACGCUGCACAUCUAUGGCAUAAAAGCUAAAGGUUUUGAGAGUUACUGUGGUACCACACAGCUGUAGUGCACAAGUUAUAUUUUCUUUUAGUUCCUGUAGCUGUUUUAGUUAACUGCAAAGGAUUGAGGCUCAAUCUUGCAAUAACUUGCUAGCCUUGACUUCACUGAGGGUGAGGAUCCCCAGACUGAUCAACAUUGGUUCCAAAAUUUGCAAAACAGUGUUCUAAUGUGUAGUUAAAACAUGAAUAGCAUUUUAAGAUGCUAUGGAUCUGAGUCUGAUUCUUGCUUCUAGUCACAAAUGACUUCUUCAGCAAUGCCUUUUUUUCAGUAAAUGUCAGGAGACAAAAUCUGUCAUGUGCUUUCUGUAAUGCUUUACAAAUACCCUGUGACUGCACAGUGAAGCUAGAACUAAUGUUAAGUGUUCUCUAAGGACAUCUAGUUGGUUUAUCAGAUAUAUUCCACCAUCAGGUAUAUAAUCCAGAAGUUAGUGUCUGUGUUCCUAACUUGAGGACCUUGCCUUCAGACUUCUGCUCCCAUGCUUGAAACACUUAACAGUUCCAUGUAGUGAUACCCAUUGUGGUUAAAGUCUGUAGGACUGAGCCUUUUCUUGUGUUAUCAUUUACACGUUUAAAGCUAGGAUGCAUGAGUCUGUAAUUACAUAAAUCUGUAUGAUGUUGUUUAUUUCUCUAUGCAUUUUGUAUGUAAAACUUCUCUAGGUUAAUUAAUUUUAUAUUCUUAUUUUGGAGUGCGCAUAUGUGCUCCUGCCAAAAACUUGGUUUUAAUUUUUUAACCUACUGCCGAACUGGAUGGCUGUAUUCCAGUCAGUGAAUCUGUGACUUUCUCUGCACUGACUUCCUAGCCCAAAGUACAUCAGACUUUCUUCUUUGGUGCUUAUAAAAUGUCUUCCCUCUCUAA